AUGGAUCUAGUACCAGAAACUUAUCAAACAUUCAAUCAUCUACCUAGACAAUUUGCCGAUAGUACUAUGCGUACAUUAGCAGCUAAAAAUAGAUUGUAUAAUCUGGUCAUCGAUAUCGGUCCGGGCGAUGGCGGCAUUACCCGCAAACUGGCCAAACUAUUGAGACAUCGGCGUUUUGUGGCCAUCGAUGGCGAUCCGAAAAUGAUUGACUAUUGUCGCCGCCAGGACAGCGACUUGUUGUCGCCGCCGUCGGGCGUCGAGUAUGUACUACAAGAUCUGAGUCUACCGUGGAAUCAGAUGUCCGAAUCGGUCGGCCAGUUGGCCGGUCAGGCAGAUCUGAUAUUCUCGAAUUUUGUACUACACUUUAUACCCGAUAAACACCAAUUGUUGGACAUACUGUCUCGGCUGUUGGCCACCGAUGGCGGCGGAUCAUUGCACGCAAACUUGUUAAUAGUGGCCGAUCUGACCGACCGAAUAACAACGGCUGUACCACUACUAGAUGGUACCAAACAUCUGUAUCUAUCGGCUGACAAACAGUUGUCUAUCUGGCGACAGGCACUCGAGGCUAAUGGCCUUACGAUAGAUGAGUUUCGGGUGACUGACUCCGAGUGGCGUUUGACCCGAAAAGAGAUGAUCGCGUUCAUACCGGUGCUGAUCCAACACUAUAACACUAUGAUUACCGAACCGAAACAGUUUCUAUCACUGAGAGAACAGUUGGCUAAUCCAGUGUUUGAUGCCUAUACUAAUCCCACCGGUGGUCAUAAUAAUCCCGAUGCGUGGACCAAAUUUCUAGCCGACAAUACCGUUGCCGAUGUUGUACUGCAUAUGAAAAUAUUGUCGAUUAUUGCACACAAAUAA